AUGCCGAAGUGGCGAGCAGCCGCCUCCUCCGUAUGCGCGCGCCGAGCUGUGCACCAGCGCAGGCUACCGCAAGCGCUGCGCCCCGCCGGCCUCUGCACGAAAGCGGAAGGCGCAAAGAGGAAGGCUGCGGCGCCGCUGGACUCUCUCAGCAUGGUGCACGAGCUACGCGCGGGCGGCCUGCCUCCGCCGACCGCCGAGGUGACGCUCGAGAGCCAGCACGCGUCGCUUCAGAGGGAGAUGGAGACCUCCGGCAGCGAAGCGGGCUGCGCCGGGCACGAGCGAGACAAGGAGCGGACCGACACGCGCGGUACGCGGCACCUGGAGCGGACCGACACGCGGUACGAGAUCGAGCGGACGCAGGCUGCGAGCCGGCUCGACCUCAACUUGUUCCAGCAGCUCGUGGCUGUCUUCAAGCAGCACCAGACUCUGCAAACGCUCUGCGGGUUUCGGUCCGGGGAGGUUGACUUGCCCGACCAGAGCCUUAGCCAGGAGGACAGCAUGCUCCUUGCCGCCGAUCUCAGCUCCAGCACCAGCAUCAAGACAGUGUACGCGGGCGACAUUGCACUCAAGCUGCCGCUUGGCGUCCACUCCGAUGAGCGCGUCGCGCAACUGGUUGAGUUGACGCUGCGGUUGAAGGGAGAGACUGUCGAUGAGCAGGACCGCCUGAUGGCAAGUGCGCACGAGAUACUUCCGGGAGCAGAGCUCUUCCGGAAGAGGAAGGAGGCCGAUGCAGGUACAGAGCAGCAGGCAGAGCCAGCCGUGAACCACUCGACGCAGCGAGCGGGUGCAAAUAAGCACGACAGCCCUGUCGAGGUGGUCGAUAUCGGGCGCGGUGGCUGCUUUGGUGGCUGCUUCGGAGGUGCCUGUAGCUCCAAACAUCAGCCGUCGGUGGGCCCAAGGUCGCCGUCGCCGCGCAAAUCGGUCACCUUCGAUGGCAAAAGCCGCGACGGCUCUCUCGCAAGCGUGAGCGUCCCUGACGCGUCGCCAGACCUCCACGGCAAGGUCUCCCUCUCCAAGCACCGCUCCUUCGAGCGUCCCUCUCCACGACGCGUCGCUCCCGUCAAGUUCGCCGCGCGCGUCUCGAUGCCGAGGGCCUUUGUGGUCGACGCCGGCUCGCGGCACACCGAGGUUUUCGCGUACGACCAGGGACCAGACGGCAUGCCGGUGAUCCUCCACAGCGCCAAGCUGCGGCGCGACGACAAGAGCUUCAUGACACUGGGCGACGCCAUCAACGACGGCGGCGAUGAGACCUUUGAACUCUUCUUCAAGCUGCUCUCUGAUACGCUCGCCGACUUCGACGCCGACCUGGAGCGGGGCAUCUUCAUCGGCGCCACCGGCGGCGUGCGCAAGAUUCGGGACAGCGACGAGGGCGCGCGCAAGGUUGACCAGUUCGCGCGCUUCUGCCGAUGCGAGCACCCGAAUGUCACCUUCCGCGUCGUCGAGGGCCUCGACGAGGUGCGGUGGGAGUGGACGGCGGCGAAGGCGCUCUUCCAUGCGGCCUUUGAGGACGCGGGGCAUGACGGCGGCGUGCAGCUGCUCGCCGGCGGCGGCUCGUCGGUGCAGGUGGGCAUCCGCGGCAUGUCAACCGCCGAGGGCGGGGUGUCUCCCGUCUCUAUGCCGCUCAGCGUGGGCGAGGUGCAGGACGCUUUCAAGGCGGACGCGGCAGCAGCAGCCGGAGAGUGGCCGUCGCUCGAGCGGUCGCGGCAGAGCCUCGAGCGCGUGGUCGACGCCAGCUGGCCGCACUUGCGUGCCCACGUGCCGAUACGCGGCGGGGUGCUGGCCAUAUCCGGCUUUGCGGACAUCGCUCAGCUCGGCUUCUCGGAGCGGUGGAUCUCGGUGGAGGAGCUCACGCCGCUGGUGGACAAGACGCUCGACGAGCUGCUGAAGCAGAAGGGCGCCGGCUGGGACAGGGCCGUCGAGAAGUGGGGCAAGCACCGGUUCUGGGCAGAGUUCCCAGAACGCCUCUGGUCGAUCGGCGCGGCCGGCCUGCUCCGCCUCUCCGUCCUGCUCACCCGCCCCGGCCUCUUCCGCCCUUCGGCGCGGCUCUAUUUCGCCAACACGCCGCCGCCGCCGCCCGAGGGCACGGCGCCACGGCCCAAGCUGACUUGGCCUCUGGGGAAGUACCUCUCCGACGUGCAGCUCUGCGAAGCGCGCGAGCAGGUGCUUGCGGCGGGGAGUUCGCUCCUCGCAGCGCGCACGCGAGUGGCGGAGCUCACUCCGCCGGGCAACCCGACCAGCCGCACUGGCUACUUGCGCUCGCUGCGAGACUGCGUUGGGCCGCCUCCGGACGAUUGCAUGGAGAAGUGGCGGGAGGAGUGGGUGAAGCUGCGGACCGAGGAGUACUUGCGUUCUGACGACCUGGCGGACAAGGACAAGGGCACCGAGGAGUAUGUGAGGGAAAACAAGUCCCUCGACAGCGUGCUCAAAAAGUUUGCUCGCGGGAUCAAGGAGAGCGUCGAUAGCGGCAUGGAUCCGAAGCACGCGGAGAUCUAUUACGCCCUGCAGUCGGUGAGGGGCUCGCUGGCAGCCGCGAUGCGGGAGGGCCGGAAGGACUACGUCUGCUCCACGUACGCCCUCUCCGAGGCUCUCAGCUCUGAGUACGACCUGCAGAAGAAAUUUGCGCUUCCGCCGUCGCUGUACAAGAACCUCGAGGGCAAGUUUGGGCUGGCGUCGGACUACUCGCAGUGGAGCAGCAUCCGCACGCCCGACGAGGCGGGCGUCCGAGGGCUCGUCUCCGAGGUGAUGGUCAUGGCAAACGACCGCCUCGACUGCUUUAGCGAGGAGGGCUUCAUGGUCUUUGACGACGGGGGCUUGAAGCCUGUCAGCGGUCCCAUUGUCUGCUUCGAGGCGGCGGCGAGCGACGACCACGGCGACCACGCACCAAUCGUCAUCAAGAAGACGAUCGCGCCCACCGCAUCGAAGGGCGGCGGGGCGUUGAAGCCGACUUCCCGGAAGCAGACUUCGGGGGCCUUCCCGCCCAACACGCUGUUCCGACUCAAGGAGACCAAGCGCGCCGGCAGCUGGCUCGCGCCAGACGGCGUGACGAGGCCGAAGGUCGACCUUCUCGUCGUCACGGCGACCUUUAGGGCGCCGAAGCGGCUUGGCGGCUCGAGCGGCUCCGGAGGCGGCAAGAUGGCGGAGCUGCCCGUCUCUUUGCAGUACGCGUCGUCGCGCAAGGCGUUUGUCAAGGGCCUCGACGACAUCAUCGAGCGGCCGCUGCUCACGCUCGAGCAGGAGUUUAUGCGAGACUACUCCUGGACGGACUUCAAGGACGUCAUGUACACGCUGCGCGAGGAGUGGGAGUACGUCAACGGGGAAGCCGUCCCCGCCGCUGACAAGACGCGCGGCACGCGCGACGAGAAAAACGGCGGCAUGUCCGUGGUGCAGUUUUGCGAUCGCAUGAACGCGCGCAUUGCAGAGCGGCGCGAGAAGCUGAAGCAGAUAAGCCCGGACACGCCGAUGCCGAGCGAGGCCAACGCCUUCCUGACGCGCGAGGAGGUGCUCGCGGGAGACACGGGCUUCCACCACGGCGCCGACAUCUCGCUGCUCUCGCAGUUUGCCGGCGAGGAGGAGGUGCUCUUCCCGCCCGGCGGAAAGCCGGGGCCAUCCAGAGCCAAGGCGAGCUCCACGGAGGAGCUUGCCAACCAGCUGCGCGAGUACAAGGAGGAGUCUGUGGAGGGCAAGCCGAAUAAGCCAAAGGUGGUGUAUUACGAGAUCCGGGUCAUGCCGACGUUUGUAUGA